AAUAGACGCGUCGCAGAAUUCUUGCUAUUGCUAUUGAACUGCGCAAGCCCUUCCGCAAAGUCCACUGUCAUGGCAACUAUCCUUCGAUUUGUACCUCAAAACGACGCUCCUUGACCAGAUGCGACUCAGAUAACAGCCGUAGCCAUGCUCAACCUCUAUACUGAGACGGCCUUCCAAGUGACUGCACCAAGCGCAGACUCCGUGAUACGCCUCCGAGUUCCGAGAAAGAAUGGUUCUUAUGACAAGCCCAAAUCUUCCUCAAGCCGGUCUGAGAAUGGCCGAGCGUGGAGAAGCGAUCAACACUCCUAUUCCUCCCAUGUCCUAGCCUCUCAAAGCUCGAUAUAUUUCCGGGCGUCGAAAACAUAUCCAAGGACAUUCUACUGGAAGGUUGUGAACAACGGAAGGGUGUUGCACGUACAGUGCGCGGAUUUUGCAAGAAGUGAAGCCGAUUUGCACGAGGCCUACCUCACCCUUCAGUUCGAGUUCCAAGACCAGAUCAUCCCUAGAGGCGUCACUUUUGCAGAUUCAGAGAAUAUCGACGAGAUUAGCGCCUUUGUUUGUACCGACAGAAAUGAGAUCUUCAACCUUCGAAUGCCCACCAGUGCCUUCCGCGACUCACAUGUCCUGCAAAGCGAAAACCUCAGUCAGUGGUGCCAGCCGCUCGAAAGCUCCACCCUUGGAAUAGAUACGGUCUACCGCAUUUACGCCAAUACCCCUUUGGUUGUGGUGAUAUCUUUUGCGAGCGGAAGACUACAGAGACUGAAGAGAAGGUCUGUACACGACAGCUGGGAACAGGAUAACUACGAUGACCGGUCAUGGGGCGCAUCGAUCCGAGGGCUCGUCGGCCGAAGAGGAUAUCACGCUAUCGAAUUUGGUUCGACGCAACUGGAUCCGAGAACCGCCCAGACCAUGGCCGUCUCCGCGGAUGGAGAUCUCCUCUUUACUGUGUGCCUGAACCAUACUUUGAGAAUUUGGAACCUCAACAAUGGGAGAAUCGUUGCUACGAAGGACUUGGUGGGCCUGACGCGAGACCCCAAUGACAGAACCCACUUGAACCCAGCAGAAGACGCCCUGUUGCAAGUAUUCAGAGAAGACGAAGCGCAGAAAUUUCCCACAGUUUUGACUUACAGCCCUCAAGAAGGAGGGCAAUUCAAAUUCUGGGACAUUAAGGGCAGCCUCACAGACUCGCUUAUUGUGGAAGACAGAUAUCCAGAGACAAAGCUCAGCGCUCCAGAUCCAGAUCCGUCAGGGAACACUGUCUGGUCCAUGAUCGGAUUCAAGCUCGAUCCAGGCACCAAUUACAGGUCUGUGCAGCUCUGGGUGCUUUGGCGGAAUCACAACUACCACCAACUUUACAACUGUCAACUUGAAUUGGGCAGCUUAGCAAGUUCCUGGAAGUCAAAUUGGGUCAAAUGCAACGCAACCGUAUCCGCAAAGACUGUCCCUCCGGAGUUUGUCAGAGGCGACCAGGAAGAUCCGGCGUCCAAAUGGUUGGGCUUCUUCUUCCAUCCUGGCCGUUACUCUGAGGCUGCGCUCGACACGGCAUUAUCCAUAUUUGAGGAUGCGACUUCGGCGAAGCUGACCGCUUCUCAGAGGGAGGCUCCCCUGAGACAACGUAUGUGUGCUACGGUGGCGGCCAACAUCUCGCUGCGAAAGUAUGGAGAAUCUGAGAUGGACUUUGAUCGGUUCUCCAUCGACACCGACACCCAAUGGCGCAAUUUCUACAGGAUAGCUGAAAACGUCAAUGACGGCCGCAAUGCCCCGCUGAGCCUGGCGUACGAUGCAUUCAGCGAAAUGGUGUGGAUUACCAUGGCGGACAAAUGCUGUGCGGUCCGAGAAUGUAGCAAGUUUGAACUCCUUCAACAGAACGCCCUCGCCGACAUAAAGGAUCUCGAAGACACCACUGCUCGAUUAUGGCCUCACCGAAAAGUCAGUACUGAAGACGGAGAACCCUUCCUCGACCUGGCUGUCCUCAUCUCCGCGGCGAGGACGUUCAGAGAAUCGUUUUCUCCCGAUCUCGCUCAAGAUCUCGCGCUUACAAUCGAAGGCGAUAUGUCCGUUGGUGCCGAUUAUGUCACUCCAAUGCGAACACUCAAUAUUUAUGACAGUACAGGAUUCGGCGACGCUGUAUCCAAUGAUACUUUUGAGAGACUUCAGUCUGAUCUCUCCCCUAUGGGUGGCAUUUCUGGGCUGAAUAACGAACUUUUUCUCGCGAUUUUGGAGCUCUUUGCGCUGAAGAGUAGGAGAGCGAAAAGCGCCUUGAGGACUACCCUGUUUGGAAAUCUUCUUUUGUCUGCCGGGGUGCUCGACUUUUUGUCCUCCCAAAAUCAACUGCUCAUGGACCUUCUUGCUCUGGCGAUUUUUGUGGAGGGCGAGUUGAGCCAGGAGGAGGCGAAAUCAACAAUAUUCGACGCGUCCGAGUUAUAUGAUCAGAUUGCACCCCUUCUUCGGCUGUGUAAUCGCAAUCUGUGGCUAGUGUCGCACUCAAGGCUGGUACCUUUAGAGAUCCUCGGCGCUGAUGGACACCCAAAUGCCUCCCGCCGGCGCUCUGAUACCGUCGCAGACAACAAAAGACAGGUUACCAUAAUGGAGGACACGUUGAGCAAAGCCGUCCGACCGCAACCCGCCGUCGAGAAACCACUGAUGUAUCUAAUCACAGACCAGCUGUCAGAGAUAGACGACUGGGCUUCUGGAAAAGAUACAUUGGAUCCAGAAGAAGGUGCCGUCUACCUCCAAUGUGACCUGCUUGUGCAGGGCGAACUCGACCUUGCCACAGAGUUUUUACAGUACCAACCUUCGACAUCCUGGUCAAGCUACGUGAAAGGACGUCUGGCCACCGCGAAAGGCGAGUACGAUGUGGCAGCACAUUACUUCCGGAAGGCAUCGUAUGGUCUAGCAUGCGGAAAAGCGGUUGGAAAUUUGGUUGCCCUUUCAGCAGGACUGUUGUCCUUGAUCGAAGCGGAGUGUUUCAACAACGGCCUGCCCGUUUACCUGCAUCAUAUCACGACCCUUUUCGAGACUGCAAAAGCUUACAACCAAGCAGCUCAAUUUGCUCACUUGACGUUAGAAUCACUGGACGCUGGGCAGAAGGAGCCAAUUCACAAUUUCCGGGCCGAGGUGCUGUCUAGAUUGGUCACCGCAGAGCUCAAACUGUCUAGGUUUGAUCGCGCCUACAGUGCUUUGGUCCAGCUGCCAGACCAAGCAUUGCAGCGAUCAUCAGUGACGGCCCUGAUCAACUCAAUCUUGAGUUCGAGUGGAUCUGUCUUCGGGCCUGAAGGUGUGGUCCGGACUCUUCAGUCUCUUCCUUGGGCUAUGUAUCCUCAACUUGCCCGCCACAUGGAUUCACACCUCGUUUCUCUCGCAAAAUCCCAGUUGAUGUCAUCGAGCCUGAGUUCCGACAACGGCAAAGUUGACUACCUCAGCAUCAUGCAUGCCAUCCGCAUUUCUCAAAAUGACUACCGUGGUGCGGUUACUGUCCUCUAUGAUCGAUUAAAGUUGAUCCGCAAAUCCGGUCGUGCUCGACACGAUCCCAAAGCCACCGCAUUGAGACACGUCUUGCUGGCUCUCAUCAAUCUUAUGGCCUGCAUGGCACCAGACGACGCGUACAUUCUUGUCGAAACCGAGGACAGCGAGACGGCCCGGAACCAGACGGACGGAGAAGACGUCGACGAGCAACAUGACGGACUGAUGGUGAAGAUGCCCAAGCGGCGGCGGGUGAUCGUCACGCUCGAAGACCUGCGGAAAGAAUACCAAGCCAUUCUGGACCGGUGUAGUCGGAUCGAACGUGGAGAUUUCGACUUUGAAGUCGACGGAGACGAGGACAGCGAAGAAGACACCGAGGAGAUGAUGGCGGAUCAGAGCCAAUCCAGAUUGAAUCUAUCGAAACUUUCUUCGAGAAAUGGAGGUCGAGGCGGAGUGGACGCCAUGGAAUUUUGAACCGUUUGAGCUGCCAUGUAUUAUGUGUGUGUCCACCGAAAAUGCUUGCGCAUUGUCUGCACGGAAGCGAGUUUGAAGGCCAUGACACAACAACCUGCAAGACCUGGCGCUUUACCUAGGUAUGUAGGUCGAAAUGAAAAUGGUUAGCCAUUUCAAUCGAGCCCGGCCAUCUUUGGCGGCGGGCUGCGGGGCGGCGUGCGUCGUGAUGGGCUCUAAGAUACCAGAUAUCAGAUACGUCGUGGAUUUCCAACUUAUGUCUGUUCGUGUUCUA